CAGCCAACAAAUUACUCGUAUUUUUUGUUAUCAUUUCAUUUAAAUUAAAGGUGGUUACUUUAUCGAGGGCAUAAUAAACGGGAAAUCCUGCUAAAAAUAAAGUGGCGGAAAUAUUUUAUAUUGAUUGUUUCACUCGGGCAAUUGAUGAGGAGGGACACUCGUGUACGGACUUGUUAGCGUGUAACGCCCGGUGUUUGAAUUGUGGGAUGGAGUUUCGUUGACUCUGUCCAGUCAGUCAAUUUUUAAUCUCUGACAUCGUUCUAGUUUGUUACACAGCGAAAUACAUCGGGAGCACAAACCCGAACAUCAUGGCAGAAAAUAUUAUCAUCAGGGUUCAGUCCCCGAACGGGAUGAAGAAGAUCCCAGCCACCAAGAAGGAGACAGCAGCCGCUUUCCUCAAUAAGGUGGGCAAAGAGUUUGGCUUCCCCUCCAAUGGCUUCACCAUCUUCCUGAACCGUAACAAGACUGACGAGAUCCAGUCCCAGAAUAAGACCCUCAGCCUGCUGAAGAUCAAACAUGGAGACAUGCUCUACCUGUACCCCUCGGGCUCCCCAGGACCAGCAGGAGAGACCAUGGACGUGGCCACGCCUCACUCGUCAUCACUACCCUCUACCUCCCAUUCGUCCUCUUCUUCAUCGUCCGUGAUGUCACGCUCUCACUCGGCUCCCCACAUCUCCGAGGACGAGAUCGACCAGUACCUGGCCAAGCAGGAGGGAAAGAUCUACAGGAACAAAGAUCCACAGCUGUGUCGACAUGGAUCUAUGGGAAAGUGCGUGCACUGUGUGCCCCUAGAGCCUUUUGACGAGGAGUACUUGAGUCAUCUAGAGCCACCUGUCAAGCACAUGUCAUUCCAUGCCUACAUCCGCAAACUGACAGGAGGCGCUGACAACAGGAGGAUUGGCCACAUCUACAAGCUGUUUGUCUUUAUGUUCCUCUACAGAGGGAAGUUUGUGGCCCUGGAGAACAUCAGCUGUAAGAUCAAGUCGGGCUGCGAGGGCCACCCCCCCUGGCCAGAGGGGAUCUGCACAAAGUGCCAGCCCAGCGCCAUCACCCUCAAUAGACAAAAAUACAGACAUAUAGACAACAUCAUGUUUGAGAACCACACCAUCGCAGACCGUUUCCUGGACUUCUGGAGGAAGACGGGCAGCCAGAGGAUGGGCUACCUGUACGGCAGGUACACGGAGCACAAAGACAUCCCUCUGGCCAUCAGAGCUGAGGUCGCUGCCAUCUACGAACCCCCGCAGAUUGCCACCCAGAACAGUCUUGAGCUGGUAGAGGACCCUAAAGCUGCAGCCGUGGAGGAGAUCGCAGCCAAACUGGGCCUGCGCAAGGUGGGGUGGAUCUUCACUGACCUUCUCUCUGAAGACACCAGGAUAGGCACAGUCAAAUACACCAGGAACAAGGACUCGUACUUCCUUAGUGCGGAGGAGUGCAUCACGGCUGGACACUUCCAGAACCAACAGUGUAACCCCUGUAGACUCUCACCCGACGGACACUUUGGGUCCAAGUUCAUCACUGUGGUGGCCACAGGUGGUCCUGAUAACCAGGUGCACUUUGAGGGUUACCAGGUGUCUAACCAGUGCAUGGCCCUGGUCAGAGAUGAGUGUCUACUGCCCUGCCGAGACGCCCCUGAGCUGGGCUACGCUAAAGAGUCCAGCACGGAGCAGUACGUACCAGACGUCUUCUACAAGGACAAAGAUAAAUUUGGCAAUGACAUCACAUAUUUAGCCCGGCCCCUUCCUGUGGAGUACCUUAUCAUAGAUAUAACCACCACCUUCCCCAAGGACCCCCAGUACACCUUCAGCUCCACACCACGCUUUCCCAUAGAGAACAGAGAUAUCCUGGGAGAGACACAGGAUUUCCACAGUUUAGCUACGUACCUGUCCCAGUGCACAUCCACUGUAUUCCUGGACAUGGUGUCUGACUUCCACCUGCUCCUCUUCCUGGUCACCAACGAGGUCAUGCCUCUCAGAGACAGCAUUGGUCUGCUGUUGGACGCUGUGAAGACGAAAGACGAGGAGCUGGCUCAGACCUGGAAGAAGUCUGAGCAGUGGGCCACUAUCGAGCAGUUGUGCAGCACGGUGGGUGGGCAGUCAUCGGGCCCUCAGGAGUACGGGGCCAUGGGUGGGGGCCCCUCUACACCAGCAUCCUCCUCGGCGAUGUGGUCCUGCCUCCACUGUACCUUUAUGAACCAGCCAGGCACAGAGCUCUGCGAGAUGUGCAGCCUGCCGAGGGGUUAAACCCCAUCCCUGCCCUGGCACCCCUGCCAUGUUUCCCUAACCCUUCUACCCACCCGCUUCCCUUAUCCACCAACGAUUUCGCACUGGGAUUGGAUACUGCAAACAGCUGCGUGAUUGGAUGUCUCCUCUUGGCCCCUGGCCCCCCUGUCCAUCCAAUCUCAGACUGCUAUGGAGUUGACAAGCGCAAAACGAUGGCAUUUGUUUACACCAAAUCAAAUGAUUUAACAAAUAAUGACUGUGCUCUCAUCUCUCUCACGCGUUCUCUGCCGUGGCCCCUGACUGUGAUUGGCUGGGACAUGUUUAGCUGAAAGCACUUUGGCAACAAGGCUUCUUCCCUCUUCCUCCCCAUGGUUCCUCAUGUUCCUCCAUGACCUGGCUCCAAUAAAUGUUGCUGUGCUUCAGGACAACAGCAAAGGAAAGACUCAAUCAUUUUAAGUUAUAUCUCACUCACACCAACCAGUGCCCCCUUUAGCUCUCGCGACUUAUUCUGGAAAGUCUGUGUAAAUAAUAUACAUUACUUGAGAAAGGUUUGAUUUCUGUUUAUUUAAUUGCACAUGAAGCAUUUUUUCCCCCUGAUUGUAGUUACAGUAUAUAUCGGGUUUGUUUUUCUCAUUUCUCCAAGAGUUAUCAGACACUGACGGUCUAUCCAGAAGAUCUCUUGAUUGGCCCAAACCUCUUCACAGAGUUAUUCAAUUAAACUAUCAUAAACCUAGCUGCUUUAUUUUAGUGUUUUGUAUUGCAGGAGUAAUGUGUUCUCGGUUGCUCAGGCACUUCCCCUAACUUGAUGCCCUGCCCUCAGGAGUGAGUUUGGAGUGGUGGUCCUAGCAUUAAUGAAACCAUUCGAUUUUGGGUUAUUUGUUAAAUUUGAUAAUGUUUUGAAGCUCCAGUUGAAGCUUAUAGUACGCCAUGUUUGUUUUGUUGGCAGAUGCUUGCUUACUGGGUUAGCUACCAACACUGCAUCUUCCUCUUUCUCUCCUUCCCUGUCUUGCAUCGGUUCUCCUCUUUUGACUGGCGCCCGUCCAGAGGGGCCAGAGAGUAUGGAAUGUGUUUUUUUCCCCCUGACGGUCCAUAUGGAUCUCCAUCACUCUGCCUUCAAAGACUCUAUAGGUCACAGGUCAACAUAGCGGAGAGAGAGAAAGAUGCCUUAAUGGGCCAUGCCUUUUAGCAGGCCAAUGUGCUGUGCACCUGGGAUGGAGAGAGUGAGAAAGAUGGCAAGGGAAGCAGGGAGGAGGGGAAAAAGAGGGAUUGUGAAGGAACGGGGAAAGAUGGUGGCCAGGCAGGGUUAAAGAGCUCAGGGUGUGUUUUUGUUUCUGUUCUUAAUAUUUUCUCUCCACACUAUGAAAGCUGUAAAACUGAACUCAUUCCAACGGUAAUCAUUUGACGUCAAAUAACUGAUGUCCACAGCACAAUUAAUUCAGUAGGGAAUGUUAUCUCUUCUCAUGUCCCCUUUUUAGAUACAGAUUACAAUGAUCUAGGUACACCAUUAAUGUCUGAGAAUAUGAAUGGGUUAGUGGUUAGCAUGAACAAGUACCUAUUCCACAGUAUCUCUUCGUCAGCACAGGGGAGGUGUCAGUUAAUUCAAUUCAUUCAGCUUUAUAUUCUUAUAAAGUGCCCAAACCUUGACACUGCUAUUUUGAUGGCAUUCAAUGAAGUCUUUGGUUUGAAUUGUUUUAUUUUAUUUUUACUCCCUAAUUUGACACUGUAGCAGUCAGAUUUAGUCUAACAGAGAUACCUCAACUUUUUUCCAGCCUUCAAGUAUUUCCUGGAGAGGGUUGUAUGUAGCGAGCGCAUGUCCAAGCGGUUGAGCCUGUCGCCACUUGAGGUUUUCCUCCAUUUUGGGGCUGAUAUCAGUAAAUGAUCCUUGUCAGUUGAAUGGAGAGGUGGGGUCAUGGGUUUCAAAUUAUGCUUUUUAUCCCAGAUUAGCUUUUUUUUGUAAGCGCUCGGGAGUAAUUUCCAUUGAAAAAGUUUUUUAAAUAUUUUUUUAUUUAAUUUGAGAAUGGUUUAAAGUUAUUUUGCCCAUUUUUCUAUCCACUUCCCCCUGUGUGAGUUGAGAACGAUGAUCUUAAAAUGCAUAAAAUAAGUCCCAGCUCUGGUCCAGGGUGUGCAGCUUGUUGAUGCUGAGUUUCAGCCACACGUAACGCCCUGGACCAGAGCUACCGUACAUCCUAACUUCCCACUCUGAGCUGAAGAAUUGGACCCUGAAAGAAAGUUGUAUGAUGCUGUAGACCUGGAUUUUAAUUUAAUAUCAGAAAUACCAGUAAAACAAUAAACAAUUCCUAUCAAUGAA